AUGUCUAGUAUCCCAUUUAAAAGGAACUAUGUGUUCAGGAAUUGGGCCGGGAUCUAUUCCGCAAAACCAGAACGUUACUUCCAACCAAAUUCCAUAAAUGAAGUGGUCGAGUUAGUAAAGAAUGCCAGGUUGGCUGAAAAAUCUUUAGUCACCGUUGGAUCAGGCCAUUCUCCAAGUAAUAUGUGUAUUACCAAUGAAUGGCUUGUCAACUUGGACAAAUUGAACAAAGUACAAAAUUUUGCGGAAUAUCCCGACUUACACUAUGCCGAUGUUACUGUUGACGCCGGCAUGAGGCUUUACCAAUUGAAUGAAUUUCUGGGUGAGAAGGGCUACUCUAUCCAAAAUUUGGGCUCUAUCUCAGAGCAAAGUGUUGCUGGUAUAAUUUCCACCGGUAGUCACGGCUCCUCCCCCUAUCACGGUUUGAUUUCUUCCCAGUAUGUUAACUUGACUAUUGUUAAUGGUAAGGGUGAAUUGAAGUUCUUGGAUUCCGAUAAUGAUCCGGAGAUCUUCAAAGCCGCUUUACUUUCAGUUGGCAAAAUUGGUAUCAUCGUCUCUGCUACUAUCAGAGUCGUUCCUGGUUUUAAUAUCAAGUCUACUCAAGAAGUGAUUACUUUUGAAAAUCUUUUGGAACAAUGGGAUACCCUAUGGACUUCUUCUGAAUUCAUUAGAGUUUGGUGGUAUCCUUAUACCAGAAAAUGUGUUCUAUGGAGAGGUAACAAAACUAAAAGCCCCCAAAAUGGCCCCGCAAUGUCUUGGUGGGGUACCAAGCUGGGUAGAUUUUUCUACGAAAGUCUAUUAUGGAUCUCUACUAAAGUUUAUGCACCAUUAACUCCGUUCGUGGAGAAAUUUGUUUUCAACAGGCAAUACGGCAAAUUGGAGAAGAGUCUUACAGGUGAUGUCAAUGUGACUGAUUCUAUAAGUGGGUUUAAUAUGGAUUGUUUAUUUUCGCAAUUUGUGGAUGAAUGGGGGUGCCCCAUGGAUAAUGGCUUAGAGGUGUUGCGUUCAUUAGACCAUUCUAUUGCACAGGCCGCUAUCAACAAAGACUUUUACGUUCACGUGCCUAUGGAAAUCCGCUGCUCAAAUACUACGCUACCUUCUGAACCCCUGGAAACUUCCAAGAGAACAAACAUUAGUCCCGGCCCCGUGUACGGUAAUGUUUGCCGCCCAUUCUUGGACAAUACUCCGUCCCACUGCAGAUACGCUCCAUUGGAAAAUGUUACCAACAGUCAAUUGACGUUGUAUAUAAAUGCCACCAUUUAUAGGCCGUUCGGCUGCAAUACGCCGAUCCAUAAAUGGUUCACGCUUUUCGAAAAUACCAUGAUUGUAGCAGGUGGUAAGCCACAUUGGGCUAAGAACUUUCUAGGUUCGACCACUUUAGCUGCUGGCCCAGUGAAAAAGGAUACCGAUUACGAUGACUUUGAAAUGAGAGGGAUGGCAUUAAAAGUCGAAGAAUGGUAUGGCGAGGACUUGAAAAAUUUUAGGAAAAUAAGAAAAGAGCAAGAUCCUGACAACAUCUUUUUAGCAAACAAACAAUGGGCUAUGAUAAAUGGUAUCGUAGAUCCUAGUGAGCUUUCCGAUUAG